UGUAAAAGUGAAUGAUAUAUGUAUUCCUUGUGAUGAUGUAGAGGAAAUCGUUUCUCAGAGGCAACACCUUUUUCUAACUUCCGGAUUUUACGGGAAAAACGUACAAAAAUGCUGUCAGCUUAGAAUUUACACUAAAAUAGCCUAACAAUUGCCUGCCGUGUACUAGCAAGAAACCAGCUGUGCAUCAACGAAGAUGUGUCAAAACAUGCUCAAAAAUAACAACAAAGCUGAACAAAAGAAAUUCUAAAUUUGCAGUUUCAUUUUCUGCGACCUAAAGCUCUAGUGAUUUGUGAUUGAAAUUUGUAGUGCCUGUAAGUGACGUGGAAGAAACUUAACACGAAUCAGAGAAUUCCGCUGGAGCUCGGCCUGCUAGCGAACUGCUGUCCCAUAUUGUUGGUCACCAGCGAGGGGUAAUGGUAUCAAUUGCUAGCUGCUGCAAGGCCUAAAAAUCAUGGACUAUAUGCUGGACACGUACGUGGGCUACGACAUUGGUUCAGUCGAACCGGAUGACAUCCCCAAGGCGGACGUAACUGUCUGGAUAUUGGGCAAGCAAUACAAUGCACUUCAAGAUCUGGACGCAGUACGGCAGGAUGUCCACAGCCGAUUGUGGUGUACAUAUCGGCGCGGAUUUGUUCCCAUCGGAGGAUCGCUGCUCACCACCGACAAGGGAUGGGGCUGUAUGCUCCGCUGUGGGCAGAUGGUGCUCGCACAAGCAUUAACGCAGUUGCACCUGGGUCGAGAGUGGCUCUGGACGCCCGAAACAAGGGAACCAAUUUACCUGAAAAUUGUAAACCGACUCGAGGACAACAAACAGGCACCCUUUUCACUGCAUCAAAUUGCGCUGACCGGAGAGUCGUCGGAGGAGAAGCGAGUUGGCGAAUGGUUCGGCCCAAAUACAGUCGCACAAGUGCUGAAGAAGCUGGUGAAAUUCGACGAUUGGUGUAAUUUGGCGAUUCACGUUGCUCUUGAUAACACGCUGGCUACAGAAGAAGUUUUGGAACUUUGCGUGGACAAAAGCGAUGGCGAAUGUUGGAAACCUUUGCUGCUGAUAAUACCCCUUCGGCUGGGUUUAAGUGAAGUCAACCCAAUUUACAUCGAGGGAUUAAAGAAAUGCUUCGAGUUGAGUGGCAGUUGCGGAAUGAUCGGAGGGCGCCCCAAUCAAGCGCUAUACUUUAUAGGUUACGUGGGAGAUGAGGCACUGUUUCUGGAUCCACACACCGUCCAGCGAAGUGGAACUGUCGGAAACAAAUCAGAGCCAGAGGAAAUAGAAAUGGACGAAUCUUUCCAUCAAAAGUAUGCAAGAAGAAUUAAUUUUAAAGCUAUGGAUCCUUCGCUGGCUGUGUGCUUCGUCUGCCCAACCAAGAAAGAGUUUGAAGAUCUGGUGCGACAGUUCAACGAAGAACUGAAUAGUGGCAGUUGCCAGGCAUUAUUCGAGGUUACUAAAACGCGUCAAGCGCCAUGGACACCCACAACUGUGUCAUCCGCAUCGUCGAGAAAAAACAGCGAACCAAAUGAGGCGUUCAAUGAGAUCUCUGCUACGGAAAUCGUAAACGAAGAAUUUGAGGAAGUAGAAACGCGGCUAUUGGACGAUUCUGACGAUGAGUUUGAAAUUAUUGUAUAACAGACAACUCGAUAACGGAGAAUGUUUUUCGGAACGUUUUGUGUAUAGACGCGUGGCAACUCUCUGCACUUCAAUGCAGCAAAAAACCGCACGCAGACCCUGUAAAAUAAUGAAACAAAAAAUGCUUACGAGAAUCUAAUAUCGAUGCUCCGCAGCGCGCAGUCUAGCCGAGUAAAAGUGCUUUACAGGAUCAAUCCAACUCAACUUUUCACUAGCUCUCACCGCCGUCAAUCGAAAAUGGUUUUUAUUUUUCGUAGCAUUAAGCAUAAACUUACCCUUUACCCUACGCUGAGAGAAUGUUCAUAAGCAAAACUGAAGUUGAACGUGUGUGACCGGAAGAUUUUUUUGAGUAUUGGUAUCUAGAUUAAAAAAAAUUACACUAAGAGAGGCGAGCUUUUAUUUUUCUUUCAAUUCAUUUCCAAAAAAAAGAUAUUUUUUCACCACCUGUGCUCCGCCUAAUAGAAUGAAGCAAGCAAAACGAUAUAAAGAAUAUCAUAUUUGCUAAUUUUGACGGCUUUUCCAAACAUAUUUUUUGUCUAACGGAGAGGCAGUUAGUGUAAUUGCAACUUUAAAAGUGCGUAUUGAAUAUUAAAUAAAGUAUCUUGUUUCGCAAAUCUAAA